AUGUCAGAGAUUCCAAUUCCAUCUUUUCCAGAUGGAUGGAACACUUCUGACCUGCUAGUAUGGAUCAAUUCAAGAACUGAAAGUUCUAAGCAACUCUUAGAAGCUGUGGAUGCUAAAAUUAUGUCUGUGCAAAAGAAAAUGGCGGAAACGAAAGCGUCUGUUGACCGGAUCACUGAGGAGGAGAGUGUUCUCGAAGCUUGUGGCAGGCUUUGUUUUGAGUUACGAGAUCGGCUGAAGAUGGUUGUUGAAGCACAAGCGAAAGAACAGCUUGCUAAAGAAUUUGAUGCAAUAGCAGUCUUUGAUAAGGCCGACAGGCGUGCUACUGAACUAGCAAACAUUAUUUUGGCACGAAGGACGUGGAACGAAAAUAUAAAAGUAAUUGAAAGCCUUGAAGAAGGAGAACCGCCUCCAGAAGAAGUAGUUUUUCAGUUAAACGAUGCCUACUGUACCUUCUCAAAAUAUGUGGAGGUCAAAGAAAGGAAAGAUCUUUUGGAAAGGAUGAAGGACGUUUUUCUUAGUUGGUACUCUACUCGAAUCGCUCUUGCUUUGCAGUCAGAUAAUCCGGCCGAAAAUUUGUUUUCAAUAAAGCAGAAAUACGAGUUACUUGGAAGGAAGGAUGAUUUUUUGGCCAUAAUUAGGCAUUUCAUAAAAGGCCAGAGCAAAUUAGAAUUUCAAGUCGCUAAUUCUCUCCCCGAUCUUUUCAUUGAUGCUCAGAAAGAAAUUAUAUCAAUUUUUACAGGGCUCAGAGAAGGCCACGGAUGGGCAGAAAGAGUAUUAGAAAAACCCUCUGAGUUUAUUGCGUCUGCACUUAUAGAGAGUUUUGGCGCUCAAUGGAACGCUGUAAAGGAAGUAGUUAGUGAGACUUUGCAAAAGACAGCUGAAGAUGAUCCUUCUGGAGCUGCAUCCUUAAAGAUGAUUUUAGCUUUAAGACAGUUGUUGUCGAAUAUGUCUGCUGAAAAUGACGAUGACAAGUUGUUGAUGGAUGUUGUUUUUGAUCUCGGAGUCCGGUUACUAGCUGAGGUGGCUAAGGACUAUUCUAAACUAGCGACAUCAUUUUUGGCCACUCACUCGAAUAUAUAUGUGGGUACUGGUACAAUGUCAACUGUUUUGGAGCAAAUUUCAAAUGGCCUGACUCAGCUCAUUAAAGAGAGCGAUUAUUUAGUUUCAGUGACUAGCGAGACGUUUGGUGUUUAUUCAGUGAUAUAUAUUAUUCCUGCUUUUAGGUCGAUGUAUGAAAAUGUUAUAUCACUUUUGUUAUCGUUCUACAAGUCCCAUGUGGAGAAAAGUUCAAUUAAGGACAAUGAUGUAUUACGUUUCGUGAGUAUUAUGGGUCAAGUCAUGCUGUGGGUUGAACAUGACCGCAGGCGCAUAAAAGAAAUGUUAGAAACUUAUCAGACUGGGAAAGUUGAUCAUUUUAUGCAGAAUUUCGCUGAGAAGUUAAGUGACGACGUCAAUUCAUUUGAUAGGAAAGUAGUUGUAAAAGCUGACUGCGAUUUGGGCAUCACGAAGUCACAGUCGGAACUUCGCAAACUAAAUAAACGAGCAGUUGCCAAAGCUAUUGAAAGGCUUUCAGCACCUAUAAUUGCAGAACUGGAAGCUGUUUUCAAGGAAUUUAAAACGGAAAGCGCCGAUAAGGAAGAAACUACUGUGGUAAAAGUAAAUGUUCCUUCUUUUGGUACGUCACCUAAUGAUCACGUAACUGCUGCUGGUGUAGCUUUGCUUUCUUUAGCUCAUCAUUUAUCUGCUUAUUCCCAUAACGCAAAUAUGGCUGCUUCAUUAGCUUCCGCGUCUAAAAUGGACUCUGUCGAAGAUGUUGCGUCCUGGUGGAUAGAAAAAUGUGCAUCUUCUGUUCAGAAUUGCUUUGUUGAUGGUGUUGGGGAUGUUGCUGGAUUAUCUCCUGCGGCUGGACGCCAGUUUGCAGUUGAUUACGGCUAUCUGGCUGAUGUUUUCGAAGACCUUGGCACUUCACAAGUGGAAGAAUUUCAGAGGUUGCGGCAGAUUUUUAAGGAUUGUAAUUAUCUAGAAGAAUGA